CUAACUUAUUUCGAUUUUGCGAAAUGCUUUUGGUAUUCACAGUUUGCUCUCAAAGAGCUGCCAUUGUAGACUUAUAGUAACCUUUAUCCUUUUUCAGUUCACAGCUCCUACCUUUAAUUCUGCAAUGAAGAUCUCACUGAAUUUCUGUUGGAAAUUUCAGACCUUUCCUCAAACGUCGUCGUUUCACUGAGUUGAUAAAUAAUGACGCGUUUCAUUGCACGUGGCAGCGGUAUCGUGUCGGUUUCGGGUUCACCAUCUCUAUAUAAGGGUAGAAUUGGGAAUAACACAUUGUAUUAGCCUAUAAACACAUUGAAGGAUAAAUCUAUCCGCAAAAGUUGAAGCAGAGGGAAUAUUGUAGUUUGGAAGGGAUUUCAACUUUGAACCUCGAGAUAUCAUGGCGAAGGAGUAUCAAUUGCCUUUCAAGGUUGGGCAAUCCGCGGAAGCGAGGUCUUUCCAGAGUGGAUUUCGUAGUGCAUGGUUUCGGUGUAAGAUAAAGGAGAUUAACAACAAAAGAGGACAUUGGAAUGCGCGAUUGGAAUAUUUUGAUUAUCCAGAUGAAAAACUGACUUGGAUGAGGCUGUUCCAAAUGCCCCCAUAUAACAUUGGGAAGUUGAAGGACAAAAAGCAACUAAUGCUGCGGCCGCAGUAUCCUCCAGUCAAGCUUAAAAAUGAAGUUUCAGGUUUCAGUUCAAUUUCUGAUGCUAUGAUAGUUGUAGAUGGUAAUUGGCAGGCAGGUGAUUUGGUUGAUUGGUGGGCUAAUGGCUGUUAUUGGUCUGGGCGACUGACAAAGUUACUUGGCAACAGUAAAGCUGAGAUGGCAUUGACACCACCUCCUAUUGGUGAAGGUGCACUUUAUGAAAUUCAUUUCAAAGAUUUACGCCCAUCCUUAGAUUGGUCCCCAAAUUUUGGUUGGACUGUUCUUGCAUCCCAGGAUGGUGAUAGUGUCCGUCGAUGUGCUCAACUAAUUCAACCUGUCAACCAAGCCCUUGGUCGCUUUCCAGCUUUGGAAAUGCAUUCCAUGAGUGAAGGGAGAAAGGACAGCCAAGCAACAGCUGGGUCUUCAUCACAUCUUUCUUCACCUACUAAUUUAUACGCAAACUCGCUCCCAGGCUCAGAGGAAACGAAGGAUUUUAAAACCACAGGGUUAGUAGAACAAUCCUCGAUCAUUGACCUUCCAAAGGAAGCUGCGAACACAUCAAAGAAAGUCAGUCGGUCAGAUAUUAAUUCUGGUUCUCAGUUGGGAGAUAAAUUAGAAAAGGAAGCCAGUUGGUCAGAUAAUGGUUCUACGUCCUGUAUUGCAAUUGAUCCAGCAAAAACCGCUGAGACAACUGAAAACUUUUACCUUUCCAAUUGUCCUUUGAAGAAGUUUAGAACCAGUGAUGGUGUUCGGUUACAUUCAAUGGGUUCUGACUCAAUGGAGGCAGCGAUUUUGGAUUUGGAGGAACUUGCAAACAAAAUUAAAUGGCUGAAAGGACUGCUUGAGUUCGGAAAACCCGUGUCUAAUGCUAGCAGGCCUUCAUGGAAGUUCGUGGAACAUCAUGCAUCUUCCGGAAAUAAAUGAUGGUUUCACAAUAUGUAAGUGUCAUCCUAUGGCUCUCGAGAAAUAAAGUGUAAAGCUCUAUGCAGCCUUUGGAUCAUCUAUUGCAGGUUUUAUACACGUUUCAUAGUUCAAGAAGCCAUGCUUAUUUGAAAUUUGACUCGUCGCAAAAUAAGGUUUCAAGUCAAUUAAGAUCUGCAUAUUAAAUGAAUUUCUUAAGACAAAUAUAGAGUUUGGACCAAAGUGACUGGAUUCGGGCGAACCUGUACCAUUAAUGCUAGCUCCACCACUGCAUGCAGAGACUAGUGCCAAGCCAGUAUAGCUCAACUUGAUAUUCUGGCUUCCUCAGAUAUGAUUUAAAGAUGCACCGAAGAGCACUUGGUUAUCUUCUUUGCUUGAAAUUUUGUUGCAUCGACGAGUCGAUGAUAUGCACCAGUGAGUAAUUUCUGCUGCCUUAAUAAGUAUACAAGUUCAGUUGGAUCACAGGUAUUUUGUGGCCAAUUGUUUGUUGCUCUGCCUUUGUAUCUGCUGUGGCCAGCUGCUUUCUGCAACAUUUUUUUUACCAAUGCUUUGUUCCAGUGAAGAACAAGCUUGUAUAGUUGUAUAUUAGUCUCUCAUUGAAGGCCUGAGGUCAAAGGUUGUUUUCAAAUUUUGACAUUUUUUACAUUGUCUGUAAGAGUCAUUUGGGUGAUUCUACUUCUGUAACUUGAUAGUUGUAGAGUCAUUUUUUUGAGCCGAGGGUCUCCUGGAAACAGCCUCUCUACCCUUCGGGGUAGGGGUAAGGUCUGCGUACAUAUUACCCUCCCCAGACCCCACUUGUGGGAUUAUUCUGGGUCGUUGUUGUUGUUGUAACUUGAUAUUGCACCAAACCUCAGUUCUUUUCAAUAAAAUCGUUUUUUCAGUCA